AUGUUCGCUCGUACCAGCAGUCGUUUCUAUUCGAAAGCGAAUCAAGGCCUCAGAGCGCUACUCAACAAGGAGAUAGAAGGUAUAAAGGCAGCAGGCACGUACAAAACUGAACGAGUCAUCGUAGGACCACAAGGAGUUUUGGUUAAUGUGAAAGGACAAUCGAAACCGGUUCUUAAUUUCUGCGCCAACAACUAUCUCGGACUCAGCAGCCAUCCCGAGGUGAUAAAAGCUGGACAAGAGGCAUUGGCUAGCCAUGGAGCAGGUCUAUCGUCAGUCAGGUUCAUUUGUGGCACGCAGGACAUUCAUAAGCAACUCGAAGCUAAACUUGCGCAGUUCCACGGCAUGGAAGAUGCGAUUCUUUACGCAGCCUGUUUUGAUGCCAAUGGCGGUAUAUUUGAAGUACUGACA